CCAAGACUUUUUCCAUGCAGAAUUACAUAUUACACUGUCGUGUACACAUUAGACCUGCAAUAACCCGUAAAUACGUGGUUAUGUUAAGUGGACCAUCACCCUCAGCUAGUUCGAUUGGAUCAUCGAAAUCCUGUAAAGCCGCGUACAGACCUAAAAUCCAACGCCGAGCAAACGAAUGAAAGCACAUGUGACGUUGGCGUUUGUUGUUGGAAGGUAUAGGAAUGCGCUCGUCUACACGUAAAUUUAGUUUGGACCGCGUUAGGUUAGGUUCGGUGCUAAUGUCGAGCGACGAUUAUCUUCUCAUUGAAUGCAGACAAACGAUGAAAUACUAGAAGCGCAACAAAUCCUAUCCAGGACAAUUCAAACCUCCCUUUGAUGGACCGAUCAAGGAGCGAACGCCAACGCUACCUUGGAAAGCGUUGGUUUAUGUUGGCUUGCGUCGUACAUACCGAUUCGAACACCUCCAAAUCUGUAAUCACUUGUGCCUUGGCUUGCGCUGGAAUCUCGGUCUGUACGCGGCUUCAUAUCAGUUCAUAGUCAACAAGUUUUUCAAGGAAUGAUGAACUGAUUCACUUAGUUCAAUCAUAAGAAUCGUUCGAUUGAACUAGUUCAUUUGCGAACUACACAUCACUAGCACAGAUUCGUCUUAUAUGUCUUGUUGUGGAUCCUCUAGUCUGUGAUUGUGACUUCAUUGCGAAUUGCGACCGUGUAUAUGUGUUGUGAUUGUGACUAGUGGUCUACGAGAGUAUUCAGCGUUGUGCUGGCAUUAAUAAAUCUGAUAAACUGAACAUGAUGCAUUCGUCGGCCCGCAAACGUAAGUAUGAAAGAGACUAUAAGGAAAGGAGUGACAGAGAUUCACGAGAUAGUCGAGAUAGGGGCCCCGGAAAGUCGGAGAAGUAUGAAGACAGACGUGAUGAUAGAAAGCAUAAAGAAGUCAAGAAGACCUCUGCACCAGCCCCUGAAAAGGAGGAAGAAACCAAGACAAAGUUAGAGGUCAAAGAGGAAAAAGUAAAAAAGGAACCAUUGUCACUGGAAGAACUGCUGGCCAAAAAGAAAGCCGAAGAAGCAGCAAACAGCAAACCUGUUUUUUUGACCAAAGAACAGAGAGCUGCAGAGGCACUAAAGCGACGUCAAGAAGAAGUAGACAGAAUGAGAAAAAUGCAAGAGGAAGAACGUAAAAUCUUGGAAAAUAUCCAGAAGAGUAGGCAAGAUGAUCCAAAGAAAGAUGAGAGAGACUACAGAAGGGUCAGAGAUAGGGAAAAAGAUGAGGUAAAGCAAAAGGAUAAGGAUAAAGAAAAAGAACAAGAUGCUAUAAAAGAGAGAUACUUAGGAUUAGUGAAAAAGAAACGACGUGUGCGAAGACUCAAUGAUAGAAAGUUUGUUUUUGACUGGGACGCAGGAGAGGAUACAUCUUUAGAUUAUAAUAAUUUGUAUAAAGACAAACAUCAAGUUCAGUUCUUUGGUAGGGGUAAUCUAGCUGGUAUAGAUAUCAAAGCUCAGAAACAGGAUCAGAGUAAAUUCUAUGGAGAAUUGCUAGAGAAGAGGAGAACUGAGGCUGAAAAGGCCCAGGAAAAGGUAAGAUUGAAAAAAGUCAAAAGACGCGAAGAGAAACAGUUGUGGGAUGAUAGGCAUUGGUCAGAAAAGGAACACGACAAGAUGACAGAAAGAGACUGGAGAAUAUUCAGAGAAGAUUAUAACAUUACUAUAAAGGGAGGGAAAAUACCAGAACCAAUCAGAAAUUGGAAAGAAUCAGGUAUUCAGAAAGAGCUGCUUGAAAUAAUAGAGAAAGUUGGAUAUAAGGAACCCACUCCUAUUCAGAGGCAAGCUAUUCCUAUUGGGAUGCAGAAUAGAGAUAUUAUUGGUGUGGCUGAAACUGGUUCAGGUAAAACUCUGGCCUUCCUUAUCCCACUACUAUCCUGGAUCCAAUCUCUUCCCAAAAUCGAGCGAAACGAAGACGCUGAUCAGGGCCCAUAUGCUAUCAUAUUGGCGCCCACGCGCGAGUUGGCCCAACAAAUUGAAGAGGAGACAGUGAAGUUUGGCCAACCUUUGGGCAUCAGAACGGUGGUAGUGGUCGGCGGUCUGAGCAGAGAAGAACAGGGUUUCAGGCUGAGAAUGGGCUGCGAGAUUGUAAUUGCAACGCCAGGUCGUCUGAUCGAUGUGUUGGAGAACCGAUAUUUGGUGCUGAAUCAGUGCACAUACAUUGUGCUGGACGAGGCAGAUAGGAUGAUUGAUUUAGGUUUCGAACCGGACGUCCAGAAGAUCCUCGAAUACAUGCCGGUGACAAACUUGAAACCAGAUACAGACGAAGCUGAGGACAGCACGGUACUGCUGGCGAACUACAACAGCAAAAAGAAGUACCGACAAACGGUGAUGUUCACGGCAACGAUGCCGCCCGCAGUUGAACGGCUUGCAAGGACGUAUCUGCGCAGGCCUGCAGUCGUCUACAUCGGUUCCAUCGGCAAACCUGUGGAAAGAGUCGAACAGAUUGUGCAUAUCAUGGGCGAGAACGAUAAGAGGAGGAAGCUUAUGGAAUAUCUGUCCAGAGGAGUAGAUCCACCGAUAAUAAUUUUCGUGAAUCAAAAGAAAGGCGCCGACGUUUUGGCUAAAGGUUUGGAGAAACUGGGAUACAAAGCGUGUACCCUUCACGGCGGCAAAGGCCAGGAGCAAAGAGAAUACGCGUUGGCCAGUCUCAAAUCUGGGGCCAGGGAUAUUCUUGUUGCCACUGAUGUCGCAGGUAGAGGUAUCGAUAUCAAGGACGUUUCAAUGGUCAUCAACUACGACAUGGCGAAAACAAUUGAAGACUAUACUCAUCGUAUCGGGCGAACUGGCAGAGCCGGAAAAACCGGUAUUGCUGUCAGUUUCUGUACGAACGACGACUCGGCGCUGUUCUACGAUCUCAAACAGAUGCUACUGUCUUCUCCAGUCUCAAAUUGUCCACCUGAGCUGAUGAAUCAUUCAGAGUGCCAGUCAAAGUCUAAUGCUCCUAAGAGAAGGAGGGAUGAGAUGAUUUUCGCGUAGACUUUUUUUUUAGUAUAUCAUUUUCGUGCGCGGGUUUUUUCAACAGAAGUUGCGGGCACAGAGGCUACAACAUCCUAUUUGGAAGCUUUGCAAAACAAAUUUUAUUUUUUUUUAAUUUAAAAUUUUUUUUUUGGGUUAAACGAUUUCGAGGAAAAAAGUUAUGACGUCUUCAAGCAUAGUCUAUUCAUUUCGUAUUUAUACUUUUACAGUGUAUCCUGAUUUAUAUAGUGUGCAAGUAAAUAAAGUAUUCUGAUAUUGUUUAA